AUGGCUACCCGCUUCCACCAGGCGAACCUGAAUCGCUCUCGCGGAGCGCAAGACCUUUUCACAAAGGCCCUCUGCGAGAGCGGUUCGGGAUUGGGGAUCGCGGCCGAACUCUACUCCGUCGCUGGGAGUCAUCCCAGUAUAGGGGUAGGGGUAUGUCGCGGUCGAGUGAGAGCCCUAUACGUGGUCGGGGUAUGCGCCCCGCCCUCGUGGGACCUCGCUCGCUUCGAGCAUCUUCUGGACCAGCUGGGGGACCUCACAACGAGGCGCCCCCAAAAGCCGGUCCUUGUGGCCGGGGACCUCAAAGCCAAAUCGGCGUUAUGGGGGUCCUCGGUCAGAUGCCGAAGGGGCGAGGUGAUGCAGGAAUGGGUCAUGUCUCACGGCAUCUGUGUCGUCAACAAAGGCCGAAGGAGCACCUUUGUCGUGCCGCAGGGAAGAUAUAUUAUGGUCCAGCUGGUCGCCACUCCUGAGGAGAUGCUCCAGAGGCGCAGUCUGAGGGGCGCCCGACCGCGCAGAUGGACCCUCGCGAAACUUGACCGCGACAAAUUGGUGGCCACUCUACUAGCGGCCACAUGGGCGGAGCCGGAUCCCGCACCAGGGACCCGGCCCGCCAUUAAGGACGAGGUAGAGAUUGCCGAACCUCGGCGCUCCGCCUGCCAAGCCAGGAGGAUAGUGGGCCAGCAGGGGAAAGACGACGAAGGCAGGCUGGUCGCCGAGGAGGCUUACCGCGAAAAGCGGGAGGCUCUCAAGGCGGCCAUCGCUGCGGCCAAGGCCCGGACCUGGGAUGACCUGGUCUCCACCAUCAAUAGGGACCCGUGGGGGCGCCCAUAUCACAUUAUGAUGAGACGCUUUCGUUCUUGGGCGCCCCCGCCGACAAUGUCCUUGGAUCCCGGCAUCCUUGAUGAGGUAGUAAGGGCCCUCUUUCCAUGGGGGAAGUUUGCAUUCCCCCCUACGAGGGUCCCCCUACAGACGGAGAGGAAGGAGGUCGGUAUCACGAAGGUGGAAAUGGACAAAGCCGUCAGGAAGCUCGGCGCUAAGAAAAGGGCCUUGGCGUUGAAAAAAGAAGGGGUGAAAAGUCGCAUUAUAUGGUUCUCCUGUUUGAGAACUGGGGUGUUCCUCUGCCCCUGGAAGAGGGCCAAUUUGGUCCUCUUCAGGAAGGGGGGUAAGGCGGAGGACAGCCCUUUCGCAUAUAGACCGAUAUGCCUGUUGGACGAGGCGGGCAAAUUGUUCGAGAGAAUAAUACACGCCCGCCUCGUCCGGCACCUACCCCGGGAUAGUCCCACGCUCAACGAGGAGCAAUACGGCUUCCGGGAGGGACGGUCAAGCGUGGACGUGAUUCUGCGCGUCUGGUCCCUCUCAGAGGCCGUCGUGGAGGCGGGCUUGGCCCAUUUUAGGGUCGCCCCUCACCUGGUCUCAAUAAUUAGGGACUACUUUCGGGAUAAAAGACUGGAGUUCCGCAAUAAUGCGGAACUCCAGUGCGGAAGGGCGGUGUACCGCGGUGUUCCGCAGGAGUCCGUGCUAGGACCCCUAUUAUGGAGCAUCGCGGGCUGGCGGAACUCCCUGGAGAUGGGACGUCUGGCGGUGGACCAGGUGGUAAGCUCCCUGAGUAGAAUGGGCCUCAAGGUGGCUUCCUUCAAAUCGGAACUCAUGUUCAUACAUGAUGGGUCCAGGGGGGAGCCGCCUAGGGCCCGAGUGCGAACCGAUGAUAUCUCCGUGAAGAUGGGUCCCACAAUAAAGUAUCUGGGACUCCUCUUGGAUGGUGUUGCUGUUAGGACGAUGACCCAGGAACCCGGAUCACGGCUUCAGGAUUCCGGAUACCAGGUCUCAACGCCGUUCGCAAAUCAACGUGGCUUCAGAGAUAUUGCUCUCGCGAACCCGAUAAUCCGACCGGUGGUGGCUCUCGACCCCUUACGGUCCCGCCAAAGUCGCCUACCUAUUUUAAUGUCCGUUGCCUGUCGGAUAGCCGGCUCCGCGAGUCUCUACUAA